GCCAGAUAAAAAGAAUUCAAGAUCGACGAAUAUCAGUCGAGACGACCAGCAACGACGGAAUUGAGCCUCGAACUACGGUCCGGACACAUUCGCGACACACUAUUCGCAGCCUCGUAUUGGUGCCUUUGCGCAGUCUCGAGCAAUCAUGAAUCGACCAGGAGCGGUGCCGCAGUCGCUGCGCGGAAUGCCUGGCGCUUUUGGAGGCCAACAGCAACCACAGCAAGGCCGAUCGGUGUCGACUCGAUUACCAAAUGGUAAACUAGCGAACAAUACCUCAGGCUGGGCGUUCAACGCAGCUGUUCCUAUGGGCAACGCUGCCUUUCAGAACCAGGCUCGCCAGCUGGGCGGCAAUGUCAGCUUUGCGCAGAGCUUGAGCGGGUCACAACCUGCAACACCGCUCGACCUUUCGGAAUUUCCAUCUCUAUCGAACAACUCCCAAAUGCCCAGUACUACGCAAGGGUCGAUGUGGUCUACGGCGGGUUCUUCCAGAACCAUCAGCGGGCCCAUCCAGCGGAAUCAGCCGGCGCCAGGCACAUCCCAGCAGGGCGGCCAGGAUGACCUCUUUGGCCCCCCGUCCGCACGGAUGCAGCAGUCAAACCAGGGCCCCUUUCGAUUCGGGCCUCAGCCAACGCAGGUCCAGCCUAAUAGCGUCGACGACUUCCCUCCGCUGAAUCGGACAUCCAACGGAGAGAUAGGCUCAGAGCGUGGAGCCAACUUGAUGUCUUCUCUGGGCUUCAACCCGCAGAACCCUGGCUCCUCAGGGCCUAUGCAGAACAACGGGGGAAACGGCCUGCUGAACGCUCUCACGGCGAAUAACCGGGCAAACGAAGCACGAUCGCCACCUGCCGUCGGCGCGGCAAACGGUCCUGGUAGACAACAGCAACAACAGACGCCGCAGCCUCAGCCACCGCAGCAGCAGCAGCAGCAGCAGCAGGAUAGUAAACAGAAGGCGGCAAUGUUUCGGGAAGACGAUUCAGCCAAGGCGUCAGAAGUAGCCUCGCCGGCCGCUGAGGGGCGAGGGUCUCUCGGUGUUAUUGGCAGCGAGGGUCCAAACGGACGAUCGGCCGAGCGCAAAGACAGCCAGGCUGCUGAGGUCGUAGAUCCGUUAGCCGGUAUGCCUGCGGUGGACAAAUGGGGUAUCAAGGGGUUGCGGACACUAAUGAACACCUACCCCGACUACCACGCCAUGAUUAUAGGGAUGGAUCCUAACACCAUUGGUCUCGAUCUGAGCUCCCCCGAACUGAUUUCAACCCAAGUCUACUCAUUAUUCGACGACGCUCCUCCGAAGCCGACAGUGAACCUUAACAAGUUUCGACUGCCCGAGUGCUACAGCGUGACGAAUGUGCAGCCGAUAGAUACCAAGAUUCAGAGUUUCAACGAAGAGACUCUGUUCUGGAUCUUCUAUAGCUGUCCUUUGGAUGCGAAGCAGCAGAUGGCCGCAGUAGAGCUACACUCUCGGAACUGGCGAUGGCAUAAGAAACUGCAGGUCUGGUUGACAAAGGACGAGCACAUGACGCCUCAAAUUCUGAGUCCAAACCACGAGCGAGGAUACUACAUUGUGUGGGAUACGGCCACAUGGCGAAAGGACCGAAGAGAGUUCACGCUGCACUAUGGAGAUCUGGACACGUCCCUCGGACAGCCGCCGCCAGUUCUGUCAUAAGGGGUUUUUGAGAACGGACUAGGGGUGCUCCUUUGAGCCUGGAGAGGGGUUGCCUGCUGACCAGAGACACAAGAGCUUGGUCGAGCUGCUUCAUCGUUUUGGCGUUCAGCCACUAGGACAAGGACUGAGGAUUUUUCAUCUUGCUUUUU